CUUAUUAAAUAGGUAUCAUGAAACUGAAGAGGUCUAAAUGACAGUUAACAUCCUCGUUUGAACUAUGUACGGCGAGACACUUGCUAUCGAAGACUGCUACAGUGAUCUGGAUGAAAAUGAGGAUGGAUCACAUGGACAGAAUGGGGAGGCAACCGAGAAGAAGUGGGCCCAGCUCAUCCCCCUCAACCCCCUUCUCACCAAAACAGUUCUGUUAGAGCCUGUUGAGAAGUAUUCAUUUGGAAAGGGUGAAGAUUGUGACUGCAUUCUCCCAGCUGACGCCUUUUCCAGUGCAUCGCUUGCAGUCAUUUCUAAGAAACACUUCAUCAUCCACAAGCAACUUUGCAGUGCAGAUAUGGAUGACUUCGAUGUAGUUCUUCAAGAUAUCAGUUCUAAUGGAACUCUUGUCAAUGGCAAUAAAGUCGGCAAAAACAAGUUCCACGUAUUGCAGUCCAAUGAUGAAAUUUCCUUAGCUACUAACUCCAUAAAAGUGUUCAUGUUUGUGUCUGCGAAGUCGACCUCUAGCAGUGUGCAUUCGGAUGUGGCCGACAAAUACCUCGUGUCCAAACAACUCGGAAAGUGA